GUGAUAUCUAUGUUCAUGCUGACCUCCAUGGAGCGACGAGCUGCGUCAUCAAAAACCCCUCAGGUGACCCCAUCCCUCCUCGUACCCUGACAGAAGCUGGCACUAUGUCUGUGUGCUACAGCGCUGCUUGGGAUGCAAAGAUCGUCACCAGUGCUUGGUGGGUUCAUCAUCAUCAGGUAUCUAAAACUGCUCCCACUGGAGAGUACCUGACCACUGGAAGCUUCAUGAUCAGAGGAAAGAAAAACUUCCUGCCACCUUCUUAUUUGAUCAUGGGCUUUGGAUUCCUCUUCAAGGUUGAUGAGCAGAGUGUGUUUCGGCACCGAGGGGAGAGAAAGGUGAAGACUGUAGAGGAGGACAUUGAGGACGUGACAUCCAAAGCUGCCGAGCUGUUAGACGAGGGAGAGGAGCUGAUAGGUGACGACAGCAGUAAUGAAGAUCAGGGUGAGGAAAGAGCGGGAGGAGAUGGAGAGAAGGAAAAGAAGAUUAAAAAGGUGUCUGAGGGGGAUGAAGAUGACGCUGUUCCUGUGGAGCCGGCGUCAGAUGCAAAGAUGAUGCUGACAGAGCCGAACAAUGCGACGGUGGAGGCAGAGGAGGAUGGAGAGGGAGAGAGCGGGGAGGAGACGGAGAUGAAGAAUGAAGAAAGUGAAGAAUUCAGCUUUCCGGAUACGACCAUCUCCCUCUCUCAUAUUCAGCCCAGCAGGAGUACUCAGAACCCUGGUUUCAAAAAAGAAGUGACCACUCAGGUUGAGGCAGACUCACAGGGGAGGAAACACAUGACUGCCAAGCAGAGAAGAGAAGAGAAGAAGAAGAAGCAGAAACAGGACGGGUUCGACACUGAGGAGAAGACUGAGAUUUCGCCAUCUGGAUCAGCUGUCGAUCAGGGGUCCAAAGGUGGAGGAGGCCCCUCCCAGCAGCCACCGAAGAGAGGCCAAAGG